GGCAGGUGACGGGCUGGCGUCGCUGCUGAGGGAGUGAGGAGGCGCUUGGGAACCGGAGCUGGAAACCUGGGAGAGGUCCAGUCAGAGCCCAAGAGCCGGAGCUACCCCUCAACCUGUCAGCCAUGGGGGAGAUGGAGCAGCUGCGGCAGGAAGCGGAACAGCUCAAGAAGCAGAUUGCAGAUGCCAGGAAAGCCUGUGCUGACACUACGAUGGCAGAGCUUGUGUCUGACCUAGAAGUCGUGGGACGAGUCCAGAUGCGGACCAGGAGGACGUUACGGGGACACCUGGCCAAGAUUUAUGCCAUGCACUGGGCCACUGAUUCCAAGCUGCUAGUAAGUGCCUCACAAGAUGGAAAACUGAUCGUGUGGGACACCUACACCACCAAUAAGGUACAUGCCAUCCCUCUGCGCUCCUCCUGGGUCAUGACCUGUGCCUAUGCCCCAUCGGGGAACUUCGUGGCGUGUGGGGGGCUGGACAACAUGUGCUCUAUCUACAGCCUCAAAUCCCGUGAGGGCAAUGUCAAGGUCAGCCGGGAACUCUCUGCUCACACAGGUUAUCUCUCCUGCUGCCGCUUUCUGGAUGACAACAACAUUGUGACCAGCUCAGGGGACACCACAUGUGCUCUGUGGGAUAUCGAGACCGGGCAGCAGAAGACUGUGUUUGUGGGACACACAGGGGACUGCAUGAGCCUGGCUGUGUCUCCCGACUACCAGCUCUUCGUUUCCGGGGCUUGUGAUGCCAGCGCCAAGCUGUGGGAUGUGCGGGAGGGGACCUGCCGGCAGACUUUCACCGGCCACGAGUCGGACAUCAACGCCAUCUGUUUCUUCCCCAACGGAGAGGCCAUCUGCACAGGCUCGGACGACGCCUCCUGCCGUCUGUUUGACCUGCGGGCAGACCAGGAGCUGACCGUCUAUUCCCACGAGAGCAUCAUCUGUGGCAUCACAUCUGUGGCUUUCUCCCUCAGUGGCCGCCUGCUCUUUGCAGGCUACGAUGACUUCAACUGCAAUGUCUGGGACUCCAUGAAGGGCGAGCGCGUGGGCAUCCUCUCUGGCCAUGACAACAGGGUCAGCUGCCUGGGGGUCACAGCUGAUGGGAUGGCGGUGGCCACUGGCUCCUGGGACAGCUUCCUCAAAAUCUGGAACUGAGAAGGCUGGAGGGGGGAGGUAAAAGGCCAUGAAGACACUCAGCUGCCCCUUCUCCUGUCCACUUUCUCUAAGGUUCCUUUAAAAUUUCUCUUCUAUACCCCAGCUGCCAUUCCCACCAAGCUUUCUCCUUUGAAGACAGUGGGGAACACAGGGAGUGUGCCUUUGGGGGGCCGCAUCAGGGACAGGCAGAGAACUGCCCCAUCUCCUCCCAUGGCCUCCCCUCGCCACGGUCAUGACACUUUCACCCUUAGUGAGCAAGGACAACUGACCGCUCCCCAGCCCUUGGCAGGUCCAGCAGGCUCCCAGUGUGGGACUCCAGGCCCUAGGAUUCCUCCCCCAGAGCUCCUCCCUUUGUCCAGACCUGUUUGGCACAGGGUGCUUAGCCCGUGACUAUGGCUCUGGCACCACCAAGGUCCUGGCCCCCUUUUCCUUCGUGCUUUCUCCUUUUUCUACCAUCUUUUUUUUCUCUCGACAAAGCACCUGCAAUAAAGUACAGCACCCUGGUAUAUCUUU